AUGAAGAUCGUCGCCAUGGGAUUGUUUGGCGAACAAGGCGCGUAUUUAAUGGAUCCGUGGAACUGGAUGGACUUUAUAGUAGUAUUUAUUGGUAUUUUAGCCGUUAUCCCGGGUAUUCCAAAUGUUUCGAUGCUUCGGAUAUUUCGCGUAUUGCGCCCAUUACGGAGCUUGAACGCUGUUGCCGGCAUGAAAAAGCUUGUUUCUGCCCUGCUCAAAUCUAUUCCCGAGCUGCUCACUGUCGUAGCAUUUCUCAGUUUCCUAUUUUUCUUGUACGGAGUGAUUGGAGUGCAGUUAUGGAGUGGCGUGCUACAUCCCCGGUGUCGACUUACGCCGUAUCCUUUGCGUUUGGACCCUGAAGUUACGUUCACUCAAUUCGACGAUUACAAAACUAUGGCACUCGCAAACUACUCGCUCUUUCCGUGUGUGGAUGAUAACAACACCCAAAUUCCUAUCAACGGGUCUUGGUCUCACGAUACGUCUCCUUGGAAAACCCCGCGGGUCUGCUUUUGGCCUGUUGCUGAGGAAUCUCCAGCUCGGACAUGUGCUCUCAGCAGCGUUCAGUCUCGCUUGUGCCCAGAUGGGCAGACAUGCGGAUCCGACUACGACGCUUAUGGGAAUUUUCGAUUUACCCACCCAGACCGCUCCAUCGUUCGCCGCAUUCUUGAAAGCUCGACCUACAGCGCGGAUCUCAACUGGGGGUUCCUGCACUUUGAUAAUAUUGGGUCAGCAUCCUUGGCUAUUUUCCAGUGCAUUACGCGCGAAGGCUGGAGUGACAUCAUGUACAUGCUCCAGGACGCAGGAUACGGAACGGUUGCUGUUGUUUAUUUCGUAUCUUUCAUUAUACUCGGCUCGUUUUUCAUGCUGAACUUGACGCUGGCCGUCAUUUGGGAUAACUUCUCGGAAGCGUCUUAUAUCGAAGCAGAGGAGAGAAAGGCACAGAAGAAAGCGAAGGCCGCCUUACUUGCAUUACGAGCAGCGAAAGUUGCCAGCAAUCGGAUUGCAACGUCACGCAUGCAGAUACUUUCGGGUGUGAUCGUGAAUCAUUGGCUGUUCAAUGUCCUUCAGACGAUUUUGAUUUUGCUCAACACCAUCAUUUUGUCCCUGGAUCAGUACCCUAUCGACCAGAAACUCAACGAGACAGUGGAGAAGAUUAACUUUGCUCUUACGUUGGCCUUCAUCAUUGAGGCAUUACUCAAAGUCUCUGGACUUGGCUGGAAAGGCUGGGUGGCAGAUCGGUACAACCUGUUCGACGCGAUGGUUAUCGUAGUUAGCGCCACGGAGAUGAUACUUUCCCCGCCUACGUUUAUCCAUCAACAAAGUACAACGUCCAAGACAGCGUCGUUCUCAGGCCUACGAUCUUUCCGACUUUUCGCACUAUUCAAACUCGCACGAUCGUGGCCUUCGCUACAGAAACUUUUGACAACGAUGAUUAGUACUCUUCACGAAGUUGGCAACUUCUGCGUGUUAUUCUUGCUUUUCUUGUAUAUCUACGCAUUGAUAGGGAUGCAAACGUUCGCGAACCGGUUUCGAUUCGACGAGUACGGCUUCCCCGUAGAUCGGAAUCACGAGGCUGCUUACGUGCCAAGGGCCAAUUUCGAUACGAUGCUCUGGUCUGUGGUCACUGUGUUUCAGAUCCUUACAGGUGAAAAUUGGAACGUGGUAAUGCUGGAUGGUUGGCGCUCGUCUGGCUGGUCUUCCGUGCUAUAUUUCGUCUCACUGGUUGUGCUGGGAAACUUUAUCGUGUUGAACCUUUUCCUUGCUAUUUUACUCGGGAAUUUUGAUGAAUCGAAUGAUGAAGAACGAGACGCCGAGCGCGAAGCAUUGAAACGUCGAUCACGAGUAGCCCCAGCAACGCAAUCCUCUCGACGUGACGUGUCUUCUCUGCGCGAGAUUGAUUAUCGCUCCAGCAACGAAGAGAGUCGAAGUAGAACGCGAAGUCGAAGCAACCUUACAGCAACUCGGAGUCGGCGAGAGGCGGUCUCACCCACGUCAAAUAUCUUCAAUGACCACGGAGCAACAGCCUCGGGCCAUCGAAGCUCCUCUUUUCUCAAGAACCGACUGGGUGUACAUCGGUCACUUUUCAUCCUUGCACUGGACAAUCCCAUUCGCAAGGCAGCGAAUGGACUCCUUCUGCAUCCACAGUUUGAUAAUUUAUCGUUGGCGUUGAUCGUCAUCAGCACGGUUCAGCUUGCCAUCGACAACCCGCUCAACUCGCCUGAUAGUUUGCUGGCAACUGUCCUCUCUUGGUUCGAUUCGGUUUUGACGGUAUUAUUCAUGAUUGAAGUUGUGAUCAAGAUCAUCGCGUACGGGUUCAUCCUCCACAAAGGAGCUUAUCUUCGCAACAGUUGGAACAUUAUGGACUUUGCCAUCACUGCCGUCGCGGCGUUCUUCAUGUUUCAAGGGAGCUCCCAAUUCAAAUUCGUGAAAACUCUUCGAGCAUUUCGUGCACUGCGUCCACUUCGAAUGAUCAACCGGAACCCUGGACUCAAGCUGGUGGUGAGCUCGCUGAUUGCUUCCAUCCCUCAGAUCGUCAACGUCAUCAUGGUCUGCUUGCUGGUGUUCCUAAUUUUCAGCAUCUUAGCUGUCAGUAACCUCAAGGGGACGUUUUACAGCUGCCAAGGCGACGUAUUUGAUGCCUUAACCACCGCCCAGCAAGAGUUUAUCGUCUCGCCACGAGCCUGGACCAAUCUGACGAUCGCAGAACAGAAUUGGUUCGACAACUCUCCGGCUGAAAUCGUUCAAAGGGUAUUCUCUAGUGGCGAGCGCCUGACAUCGCGUGACAUGUGCCAGCUCCUCGGAGCAACCUGGACCAAGACGAUCCCGCAGAACUUUGACAACGUGAUCCACGGGAUCCAAACCUUCUUUGAGAUGACUACAACCGAAGGCUGGGUGACGAUCAUGCUCACCAGUGUGGACGCGACUCAAAUCGACAUGCAGCCGAUCCCGAAUCACCACGAACGCUGGAGUUUUUUCUUCAUCUCGUUUAUAUUAGUGGGAACAUUCUUCGUCAUGCAGCUUUUUGUGGGUGUUGUGAUCGAGAACUUUAACAAAAUGAAGGAAAAACUCGAUGGGACCUACUUGCUCUCACAUAUUCAGCGCGAGUGGCUGAAUAUUAACGAAGCGAUGCUAAACCUGCGACCUGUUCGAAGGCUGAAAGCGCCACUCAAUUUGACACGGCGUACAUUGUUUCGCAUCGCGCUUAGCCCAACUCUUGAGCUCAUGAUCACGGGCUGUGUCCUAUUAAACACAGCUUUCAUGGCAAUGGACUAUUUCGGCGAAGAAGAUCUGUACGAGGCCGGGUUAAAUUACCUCAAUUACUUUUUUUCAGCCGUUUUUGCUCUUGAGGCUGUGUUAAAGAUCAUCGGAUUGGGCAAGUACUAUUGGAAAGACCGCUGGAAUGUUUUCGACUUCAUUGUCGUACUUGGCGCUCUCUUUGGCGUAAUUUACCAAAUGUUCGGGGGAAGUUCGGUUGGUGCUGCUGCGUCGACCGUGCGAAGUUUCCGAGUUGGGCGUUUAUUUCGGCUGGUGCAUUCGGCGCCUUCAUUGCGACAAUUGUUCAACACAUUGUUGAUAACCCUGCCAUCGCUCGCCAAUAUCGGUGGACUCCUCUUUCUCGUGUUUUUCAUUUACGCUGCUAUGGGGGUGCAACUUUUUGCAAAAGUCAAGUUUGGAGAGCUGAUAACCCCAACGGCAAACUUCCAAUCGCUGCUAAAGGCGAUGAUCACACUGGUUCGCUGCGCUACUGGUGAAAGGUGGAAUGAUAUGAUGUACGAGCUUGCAAACCAAGAGGACUGCAUAUCUGAUCCACCCUACGAUCCAAAUUCAUGUGGAAUCAGCAGCGAUGCCGACUGUAUCCCGCUAAAUGGGUGUGGCUCGCCUGUGGCCUUCGUUUAUCUGUACAGCUUUACGCUGCUGGUGACAUUCAUCCUCCUCAACAUCUUCAUCGCAGUGAUUUUGGAGGGGUUCGCAAAAGAAAAGGACCGCGAAGACGGUGUGCUACUACCACAACACUACGAAGCCUUUGUCAACAACUGGUCGAAGUUGGAUCCUGAGGCGACGGGGUUUCUGGAAUGGCACGUGUUGCCUUAUUUUCUUACUACGUUAGAGCCUCCAAUGGGGCUUGGCACAAUGCUUCGACCAACGUCAAACGAAAUCCAGGAUUUUGUUGCGUAUCUGGAUGUGCCUAUCUAUCGCGGCAACAAGGUGUUUUUCAACGAUGUCACCCGGCGAAUAGGCAAGUUUGUCAUUGACGAGCUUAGCGGCCGGCAACUGGAAGCUUUACCCAGGUCGCUCAACCUGGAGAAGCGGUGGCGGAAGUACUUGACUUCUCGGAAUAUUCGCAAGAGCGACUUCUCCGUUUACAGACUGAACCAGUUCACGGCUGCCGUUCUCAUCCAUCGCUCCGUCAACGCGCUCGUUUUCCGCGAAGAGCUUAAUGCAGGUGUCCAGCUCUUUGAAAAGCGAUCAAAGCCGCGCGUGUCGCCCGUCACAGCGCUGUAG